UGUAAGUGACACAGCUUUCUGAGAGCACCCGGGUGGGCGGGGGGCUACUCCCCCUCAGUGGGCUAGCAGAAGCCCUGGGUGGCUAGCAGAGGGAGGCAGAAAGCAGCCUGGUUUGUGUGUGAGCCAGGGGAAGGGCAGCCCGGGCACAGGACAACUUUGUGAUCUACGAAGCGGUUUUGAGGAGGUGUCAGGGGGCUGCCUUUCCUGUGAAAUCUUUGCAGUCUGUCUUUCAGAUAUGAACAGUCGCUCAGCUGUGCUUUUUUGCUCUUCUGUGAGUUUUUAUUCGCUGUAUUUGCUAGGCAGGGAGCAGUGUCUGAGCUUCCCCUGUGGUAGGAAUGGCACUGAUUGAUCCCUGCCAUUCACUAUAGAAAGAGGCUGUAGGUCAGCUGGGGUUCCAGGCUCAUCAGGUUUCCUCCUCCUCUCCGAGAAAGGCUGUGACUUGUGGCACCUUGGCUGAAAAAAAGCAACUGCCAAAGGCUGGAGAGGGAAAGGGCAAAACCAACAAUCACAAUAAGUAAAGCAUAGGGUUUUUCAGGCAGACAGCAGGAAUGUGUGCCAUCAGGAGAGCCCAGCCAUGUCAGGGUCCUCCCAUGUGCCCAGAUGCCUGAUGUAGACCUGGGAUGUAGGUUUAGGCUCGAGUCUUCCCAUGAAAGCAAGAAUAGGGGAUGGAUGCAGAGUAUGAGGGCUUCCUGCUAAAGCACCUGUGGCAGCAGGUGUUUGGAAAACCACCUCAUUUUGAAGUCUGAUUAAAUUGAGGGGAAAGGAGCUUUCACAGUCUGUCUCUCCUUAUAACAGAGCCUGAGCAACAGAGCUUAAAUCAAAUUCAGCAACAGCUUUGUAUGCUCAGAGACUAUGUGGCUGGGCAGUUUGAUUUUAAAGGGCUAUGUCAUGCCCGCUGGGGAGCCCACGAAGAGACACUCUUGACUGAAGGCCCUCCCGGAGGAGGUAAAGAUGUAGUCUUGAUUGAGAACAGGCAUGUUCUGGAGCAUCUUUGAGCUGGAACAAACGUCCAGCAGCUGUUUCUCUCAGAAAUGAGCAUGAACAUAUUUAGUCCCCGCGCUGCAGGCUGCGCAGCUUGUGAUUCUCCCCACUAACCUUGACAGCGCAGGCAGCAGCUCUGCAAGCUCCCCUCGGCCACAUGCCCACCUGAGGGAGCUUCGCAGAGCAGGGGACGGCUUUGUGCAGGCUGCCAGGAGGCAGGCUGAGCCAGCACAGGAUUGUAACAUCGGCAGGGAGGCAGGCUGCACACUGUCUUGCUUCAGAAGGGUAAAAAAGACCCAGGUAAGCAGCUCCUAGGGCCAGGUCCCAGCAUCCCACACACACAAGCUCAGGCAAUGCAGCACCACCAACUUCACCCGGGGAGGAAAGGCGUUACAAGCUCCAGAUGAAACAGCGUGGGAAAGCCUGGGAUUUGUUCGAUAGCUUUCGUGCUGGCCCAAGAUCCACUUGUCAGUGCACUGCACAUGGCUAAGCACCCCGGGGCAGCCUUCCAGGGCCAGGUGGGAGGACUGAAGCAGGGCAGUAUCUCCUCCUCAUCACCCAAAUCCAAUAAGUGAGCCGAGGAAGGACACAAGUGUGCCACAUGGCUUCCUGAGAGCCUCUCGGAGCUUAGCAGGCUGAUAUGGGAAAUGCAUCCAACACCUCCGUGUUCACCUCCACCCUGUCGGAGAGAGAAGACCUGAUUUUUGGCACACUCUACCUAGUCUUUGGCCUCGUGUCUCUCUUGGGGAACUCGCUGCUGCUGCUGGUGGCCUAUCGCAAGCGGUCCACGCUGAAGCCCGCCGAGUUCUUCAUCGUCAACCUGGCUGUCAGCGACCUGAGCAUGACAGUGACGCUCUUCCCCUUGGCCACCCCGUCCUUCUUCGCGCACAGGUGGCUGUUCAACCAGGCCAUGUGCACCAUUUAUGCCUUCUGCGGGGUGCUGUUUGGGCUGUGCAGCCUCACCAGCCUGACAGUGCUCAGCGCCGUGUGCUGCCUGAAGGUCUGCUACCCGGCAUACGGUAACAAGUUCUCCCCCUCCCAUGCCGGCGUGCUGCUGCUGUGUGUCUGGGCGUAUGCCCUGCUCUUUGCCAUGGCCCCCCUGGCCGAGUGGGGCAGCUACGGCCCUGAGCCCUAUGGCACCGCCUGCUGCAUCACCUGGGAAGCCUCCAGCCAAGAGGCCACGCUCUAUAUCCUCGCCCUCUUCAUCUUCUGCUACCUUCUCCCCUGCCUCCUCAUCCUCGUCUCCUACUCGCUGAUCCUGUGGACGGUGCAGGUGUCCCGCCGAGCCGUGCGGCAGCAUGUGUCCCCACAGCGCAGAGCCGGAGGCAUGCACGGCCCCAUGGUGAAGCUGAGCAUCGCCGUGUGCUUGGGCUUCCUGGCUGCCUGGACCCCUUAUGCCGUCGUUGCCCUGUGGGCAGUCUGCAGAGGUGCCAGCCAGGUGCCAGCACUCGCCUUCGUGCUGUCGGCUGUCUUUGCCAAGUCCUCGACGCUCUACAACCCGCUGGUGUAUCUGCUCUUCAAGCCCAACUUCUACAAGUUCCUCUCCAAAGACAUUGUGCUCCUCCAGGCCAUCCGCACUGUCCUCUGCUGUGGCUGCCUGGGCACCGUGCUCCAGCCCUUCCCACCUGGAGAUGCCAGUACCCACUUCUCCCUGGGCUUCAGCCACCACCAUGGGGCCUGCAGGAGCUGCAGCGAUGCUUUUGAAUGCUUCAGCAACUACCCCAGGUGCUACAAACUGCCCCAGGGCCCUGGCCCCUCGCCCACUCCCCUGGCCAUCCUGGCUGAUGGGGCCACUGACCAGCCGGGGCUGAAGAGCGCAGUGCAGGUCAUGGUGCUUGUGACACGGAGGAGGUCAGGGCUGGGCGCUGCCAGUGUGGCAGGGGAGGUGCUGCCAGAGGGGAUCAUGAAGGAUCUCCUCUGAGUGCUUAGAGCCCAGAGGUGCCCCAGCAUCCUGGCCCCAGCUGUGCCCGAGCCCCACAUUGGAAGAAAAACCCCGAAGUGGAAAAACCCAAAUGCGACAUUUCUCUCAUCUCUGUACCUGAUGGGUCCCCAGCAUGUUCUGCAGAUGAUGUGACACCAACCUUGCGUCCCCUUCUGUUGUUGCUCUUGUGACUUUGAGCCUAGCAUUUGCACUUGCAAAAUAUAUAUAUAGAACAAUACCAGACCCCCAGUGCCUGAAAUCAGGCGAGGGUGCAACUCCAGGCUGCAGCUUUACUGCUGUUUGCUCUCUGGACCCUGGGCCUUAGUUUCUACAUCCUGGUGCUCUGAUGACCAAACAGGGACUUGGUUGUCUUAAGAAACUGU